AUGUCCAGGGCCCAGGUUACGAGUAAGCAGGUUCUUGAUCUGGCUGAUGCCAGAAGCAAAUCUACAAUCGACAUACCCACAGCACGGGACUACCUUCACGGUGGUACGAGCAACUGGAACAAGCGGGUGAAGGUGUCCGGGGUGAUUGCCAACGACCCCACAUUUGACAAAUCUCGACGGGAAUUCAUGUCACGAACGGAAAGAUAUGAGCGCGGCCAGAAAAUAACGGACCGAUUAUUCGAGUUGCAGGAGCAUCACGCGUGGACGCCAGAAGAGCUUAACCUCGCUCUCUCGGCUGUCGAUGAAGCAUUGUCCAUCAACUUGCAUAUGGUCGCGUUCGAACCCGUCUUCCGGAUGCAAGCUUCGCCGACUUUGUUGGGAAAAUAUGCGAACCUGAUUGCGUCCAGAGGCAUCCUUGGAUGUUACCUUCAAACCGAACUCGGACACGGAUCCAAUGUUUCUAAACUAGAGACAACCGCUACCUUCAUUCCAGACACCCAAGAGUUCGAAAUCCAUUCUCCCACACUUACGAGUACCAAGUGGUGGAUUGGCGCCUUGGGCAAGACUUCUACACACGGCGUCGUGCAGGCCAAGCUGCUUCUACCGGGAGGACAGGAUGUCGGGCCCCAUUUAUUCUUUAUGCAGCUGAGGGAUAUGAAUACUCAUAAGCCUCUACCUGGUAUAACUCUUGGAGAUAUUGGACCGAAAGUCCUACAUGGUUACCAAGCACCAGAUAAUGGGUUUGCCCGAUUUGACCACGUCCGCGUACCGAAGGAAAAUAUGCUGUCCAAGUUUGCCCAAGUUACCGAUGAAGGUAAAUAUGUCAACCCUCUUCAUGCGAAGCUUAGUUACGGCGGUAUGCUUUAUAUACGUUCGAGUAUGGUUAGCAGCGGGGGCUGGGCGAUUGCUAGAGCGGCCACCAUAUCUAUCCGCUACACUACAGUUCGACGUCAAGGAGAAGUUGGCUCAGAUGGUCUCGAGCGUCAGGUCAUCUCCUACCCGUCUACAUACUACCGCCUUCUCCCAAUCUUGGCCCACGCAUACGUAUACAUCGAGCUUGGUCGGGCCUUAACUCGGUCCUUCGAUGAAAUGGCAGCUCGUCUAUCAACGGGAGAUGCCUCUCUUUUGGCGGAGCUGCACGCCAUAACCAGUGGUCUCAAAGUGAUCAUAACUAGCGUAGGUAUACUUGACAUUGAAACUGCCCGUAGAUCCAUGGGUGGCCAUGGGUACAGCGCAUUUUCAGGUUUGGGCAGUAUGUAUGCAGAUUACGUACCAAGUGCAACCUACGAGGGCGAUAACUUUGUUCUGGAUCAACAAGUGAUACGCGCCGCACUCAAAGCUUUUCGGUCCUUCACGCCGUCAACAGACGUGAAAUCGCUCCCUCCGUCAUCUGCAUACCUCCGCCUACUUCGAGGCCAGCCUUCCUUAUCGAGCGACUGGAGCGUCCCAGAGACACCAAUUCUCUACCUCGAGUGGCGCGCGGUGAAAAUCGUUCAGGAACUUGCCCAUAACGCCAACGAUACAGAUGCAAGCAUGAAUCAGCGUGUCUCAAAGGCUGUGACAGAGGCUUUCAUAGCCAGGCAAGUAGGGGAGAUGAUCAAGAAUCUAAAUUCGAAGGGCGGUCUGGAAGGGCGCAGCGCAGCUGUCGUUGCAAAAGUGUAUCUACUGCACCUACUCACGACUGUGGAGUCCGCCCUUGUGGAUAUCCUGUCUUUCGGCAUAUUGGCUACAUCAGAACAAGGGCGUGAUCCAACCUUGACUCUGCGCAAAGCCGUUAAGGCGUUAUGUGAAGAGCUUCUUCCUGAGGCCGUCGGACUGACUGAUGCAUUCGGAUUUACCGACUUUGAACUGAAUAGCGCAUUGGGUGUCUACGACGGCAACGCCUACCAAGCCCUCUGGGAUGCAGCUCAGACGGAACCAUUAAAUCAAGAUGAAGUGACUCCUGCAUAUCGGGAGUCCAUCCGUCCUAUGCUGCUCCGCGGACAAAGAAUUGCUGGGAAGACGUUGUCCAAACUCUGA